GUAGAAAUGCAAAUUCAUGCUGCUCAAAAUGGAGGAUGUUUUGGGAUGCUCGCCGGGAUGCAUGGUUGAAAUGGAGGAUGUGUCCUGGAAAAGGAGGACGGCUGGUCCCCCUGCCCCACAAGACAACCCUAUGGCUGAGAGGCAGUGAUGGGUCCUCCUCCCUCUCCUCCUCAGUGGGGCUGGGGAGUGCAUCUGAAACAGAUCUUAGAUAAGGAACGAUGGAUCUGCUUUUGCUGUUCAGAAGGAAAUAGAAAUGUUGAAGAUUUUCAGCUGGCAGCCUAGUAAAGAUCUGGCAGGAAGUGUGGUGGAAAAAGCAUCAGACACUUUAAAAGAUUCUGACGACUUUGGAGAUUUGAAGUCAGACAGUGAAGACUUGGAGUGGGAAUCAUGUGGUGAAGAUGACAGUGUGCCCACUACUAGUACAACUUUCCCUGAGAUGAAAAUUAUUCUCCAGUAUGAGAAAGAGGACUGGGAUAAAGAGCUGGCAGACAAAGAAAACAUUAACAAUCCUUAUGAUUUUGAUGAUGUUAUCCAAAGUGAAGAUUUCUUGGAUCAAGAUCCAGCAGCACCAUGUUCAGUUCAAGGACAGCCUUUUUAUGAUCCCAGCUUGCACCAUGUAGCACCGCUGACUUUGAAGCAGGUAGAGGCUGUGCUGGUUGAUGGUCAGUUUGAUGAUGCUGUUGACUGAGGCAUUUUCAGGAUUGGCAUAUCAACAAAGAAGAAUGGUUCUAAACAGGGAUGUAAAUAUAAAUGCAAGAAGUGCUAAGAACCAAAAGUAGGAAGCUGCACACAGCCUAAAUAUGGCACAAGGCAUACAUUGAAUUAAAUAUUAGAAAUAUAGUGUUGUAAUGUUAUUAAGAAUACAAAAAUAUAACAAGCCAACAUUCCUUGUAGAGUUCUAUUAUGAUACAAAACCUCUUUCAGAGUGUGCAAUUAUAAGGCAUUAAUUUCAAGUGUUCAGAUUUUCAUAAUCCAAAAAAAUAAAUAAAAAUAAAAUUAAAAAACCAUUUCCUAAAAGUCAUUCAUGAGUAGGGGCCCAUUAACAGAAUGUAAUUAUAGCAUUAUAAGUCCACUUUAACUGACAUGGUUCAAUUCUGUGGAGUCCCAGAAUUUGAGGUUGGUGGAUGGGCCUUUAGAAUUCUAAGCCAGAGAACUCCAGUGCCUCUGAUUAAACUGCAAGACGUGGGCUUCCAUUGGAUGUCGCCAUAACAGUUAAAGAGGAAUAGAGUGCUAUAAUUAUGUAGAGUGAAUGAGCCUCUGGCAUUCUAAUCUUUUUUUAUUGAUCAGUAUUGUCUUUUCCCCAUAUUUAUAUGCUUUAUUUAUGAACAUAUUUAUAUUCAAUAUGUUUGUAUUAUAUUCAGGCUGUAUGCAGGUUCUGUCUUGUUCUUUAGCACUUAUGCUUAUGUUUGUUCUCAACACUGGCUGAAAUGUUACUUCUGGAUAUCUCAAUGAAACUGAUCUGGGAAUCAACAAAUACAAUUUUCUAUUUGUAGAUUUUGUAUUUAAGAAUGAUUGCAUUGUAUAUAACAUUUUUUGAAACUGGAGAACUGGAAGUUUGCGGAACUAGAGAGAGGACAACUGCAGGUUUCAAUGGUCUUACAAAUGGUUUGGGUUUAUUUUAAAUUAAUGGUUGUGGUUACUGCCAUUGAUAAGCUUCUCAUUAUCCUCUUUUAUAAACCAUGCAAUUUUACUUUUGUUUAUUUAAGGUGAAUAGUGUUGUUGCAUAUUUAUUUCUGUGCUACAAACUCAGCAUCAUGACUUCUGCAGUUCAGUUUCUUGUGUGCAUUUAUUUAUUAUAUACUGGAGAUCUCUACCAUGCUGGAGAUAUAGAUCUUGAUGGGGUGACUUCUGAAGAAUACAGUCUGUUUGAUAUUUUUUACAUUGUUUGUGUGUUUCAUUUAUUGUGUAACUUGUUCAUGUGUGAGAUGCUCUGGAAGCACAUACCCUUAAUGCCUGAACUGAGAUGAUUUGAUGCUCCUGCACCCCUGGGAGAAAAGUCAAUGCUUCCUUCCCAGAUGAAUAAAUUACAUUUUGAUGCUUGAUAGUGAUGAUUUCUCAAAGUGCUUGAUAGCGUGAUCAUUUGUCAAAAUGCAUAUCAUGCACGUACAAGUACAGGCUAGUCCUCUACUUUGUGGAUGAGUUUCAGAGACUCUGCUUUUUUUGUCUAUACAGCCUGUAGGGGGCAGGAGACAUCCACCCCUUAAUCUGUGGCAUGCUUCUUCAAUAAUAAACGUUCACUCAUACAUAGCCAAGUAAUAUAGUUAUCAGGAACAAUGUCAGUUCUGAUCAGAUAACAUUGAAAUGGUGCUUUAUUGGGCCCAUAAGUUGUUAAAAAUGAAAGUAUGCUACUUCAAAGAACUAGUUUAAAGAAAUGAGUUUUUGAAACUUGCAUGUUUUAUUUCUAUUAUUUACAAUAUUGGCUCUUAGGCUUAGUAAUGGAGAUGAGUGCACCAACCCACCCCUUGGUUAUGACUAGGCAUUCAUGUCAAGGGGAAACCUUUAUCUUUUAAUCAGAGUAAAAAAUUUUGGUAAAGUUUAUUUUUCAAUUCUAUUUUUGUUGUUGUUAUAGUUGUAUGCUUUCAAGUUGUUUCCAACUUAAGGUGACCCUAAGGCAACUCUGUCAUUGGGUUUUCUUGGGAAGAUUUGU